UAAACUAACCAGAAUCUAACGUGACUGUCCGCAAGAGUUUACCAGUGUUUAUCCAACAUUACGCGACAGACUGAAUGUUUGAGGGAGUCGCGUCUUCAUUUCAGUCCACCAUGAGUUCGUCUAUGCCGCAGAAGCGAUACUACAGACAGCGAGCCCAUUCAAACCCGAUGGCUUACCACACGUUUGAUUAUCCUGUGUGUCCAGAGGAGAUGGACUGGUCCGAGCUGUAUCCACACGUCUUCGCUGGCAGCCCCUCUGAGAAAGAGACCCCCCGAGUUGAGUUUGCAGACAUUGGAUGUGGAUACGGGGGGCUCUUAGUGGAGUUAUCUCCACUUUUCCCAGACACGCUCAUCCUGGGCCUGGAGAUCCGAGUCAAAGUGUCUGAUUAUGUUCGGGAUCGAAUCCAGUCGCUGCGGGACUCAGAACCAGGAAGCUACCAGAAUAUCGCCUGCCUUCGCAGCAAUGCAAUGAAGUACCUGCCCAACUUCUUUUCUAAAGGACAGCUCAGUAAGAUGUUCUUCCUUUUCCCUGACCCUCACUUUAAGAAGACCAAGCACAAAUGGAGGAUCAUUAGUCCAACGCUGCUGGCAGAGUAUGCCUACACACUGAGAGUCGGGGGUUUGGUGUAUACCAUGACAGAUGUGGAGGAGGUACACGUCUGGAUGGUGAAGCACUUCACUGAACAUCCACUGUUUACGCGUGUCCCUGAUGAAGAACUGGUUGGUGAUGUCAUUAUAAGUCGGCUGGGUACCUGCACAGAGGAGGGAAAGAAAGUCCAGAGAAACGGAGGGAAGAAUUUCCUCGCAGUUUUCCGGAGGAUUGAGGAUUCAAACUAAGACCAGACAGUCUGGACAUGAAAUGAACUGAAGUGACGGCCUCAUGCAGUCGUCUGUACGAGGAGGAGGAGGAUGCAGCUCUGUGGAGCUGGAGGCUGUGGCUGGUUCCCCCAGCAGAUGAACAGUUUCUUUGGUAUUACUGGACAAACAUUUACAUCAUUACCUGACUGAGGAUUUGUGUUUUUUCACAUCAUUUAUGUAUUUACAUCCUCAGCUAAAAAAAAUAAGGGAGAUGAAUCAUCAAAGGAUCUCUAUUCAGAGUAGACUUGUGACGUGCCCUGCAUUGCUUUUGUAAAAAUGAUUUUUUUAAUGAUGUUCUUGACUUUCUUUUGCCGAACAAAGUGUUGCUUUUGGAUUUCCUGUAAAGCUGUAAAUUCUUUUAGUA